AUGAAGCCAUCUCCUCCUCGGUGGUGGUUAAUCUGGCAGGCGUUGAAUGUACUCCAGAUACAGGUGGAGGAGGCCCAGCCAGCAAUGGAGGAGGCCCAGCUAGCAGUGGAGGAGGCUCAGGUACCAGUGGAGGAGGCCCAAGAAGCAAUAGAGGCCCAGGUAACAGAGGAAGAGACCCAGGUAACAGUAGAAGAGGCCCAGCUAGCAGUGGAGGAGGCCCAGGUAACAGGGGAGGAGGCCCAGGAAGCAAUAGAGGCCCAGGUAGCAGUGGAGGCCCAGGUAGCAGUGGAGGAGGCCCAAGUAACAGUGGACGUCCAGGUAGCAGUGGAGGAAGCCCAGCUAGUAAUGGUGGGCAUUCCAUAA